AUGUCAAACGAAGAACUCUUUGAGGUGUUGACCAGUGAGGGAGGCUGGUCGCCCUCCGAGAGCGACUUCCAGGCUCCCUGUAAGGGUCUCUACUACUUCUCCUUCCACGGCGUGGCUCAAGACAGAGGCGACUUCACGCUGGCCCUGAUGAAGAACGACCAGUACCAGGUGACAGCAUAUGGCGGAAAGGGCAGCUUCCAGCAGGGUUCCAACUCGGCCCUUCUCCUGCUGAACCAGGGGGACCUGGUCCACCUCGAGCUGCAGCAGGGAAGCCUCUACGAGCAUCCAUUCGAUGAGGCCUACACCUCUUUCAGCGGAUUCCUCGCCAAGGCUUAUUGAGUAAGAAAGAUCCUGUAGGCAUUUUUAAGAAGGAGGCCCUUUAUCACCCAUUAAAUAAAUUCAAAGGAGGAGAAAAACAUUCACCAGCCAAACUAUAUAGUCGGAUUUCGGAAAUCAUAUUUCAUCAAUGCAUAAGAUUAUAUAAAUGAAACGUGCCAAUGGAGAUAUGGGUAAUCUUGAGUCCUUCCUUGUCUAGUUUCGCUUCUGCAUCGUCUUCAGACACAUACAGUAGA